GUUCAAUUGAACUUUCCAGAACGUAAAAACGUAAUGAACACAGCCCUUGAUUCUCUUGACAGCAGCUGAACAAUUUGGAAACUUUACCGAACUAACUUCCAAGACUAAAGAAAAAUUACUAAAAGUGGGCCCACGUAGUUAUUUUCGCUUUUAAAAGCGUGUGUAGGUGUUCAAAUGUGGAAUUAUUGAUGGAUUCGCGGUAUGAGAUCCAGCGGAGGGCCGGUGGGGGAUCGGCGAAUGCUUCCCCGGCUCUGGGGGCACAGUCUCGCCGCAGGAAGAUGCCGCCCAGACCCGCCGAUUAUAAACUUCAGAUCAUUAUCAUCGGCUCCCGUGGAGUAGGCAAAACCAGUCUAAUGGAAAGAUUUACCGACGACACCUUCUGCGAAGCAUGCAAAUCAACCGUUGGUAAGGAAUGUCCAGAUAUCGUUAGCCUCCUUUGCUAGCCAAAACUAGCUGCUAACAGUUCUGUUAUUGUUGUGUUCUAUGCUAGCUAACCCUUGGCUAGUUAGCUAGCUAGCAAUCAGUUUUUACACUAACUACAUGACUUGACGCAAACCGACCUAGCUAACCCUUUAUCUGUGAACACGUAUUAGGCUACUGUAUGGUCACCAUCAUAGAUUUUACAACAACUAUUUGUAAAGAAGUUGGUAACAACAGGGGAAGACUGCAAUGUGUAAAAGCUUGAGGUUGUUGUUGUUGACACUGAUCUGUCAAACAGAGCACUGAGAGAAGCUAGCUAGUACUGUAACUUGAUCCCUGUCCAGCAACUAGACUAGAGGUUACUGAGGGCCCUAGUAACUGUACUGUUGCCUUGUCAGAAUUGUUGUUACUAGCUACCUUGAUCCAGAGGAACCCAAUAGUGGCUUUUAGUAUUUUGUCAUAAAUAAAAAACGGUCUACUACAAUAACUUACUUCACAGUGAUAUUGUUAUUAAUAUUUUUUUCUCUCCAGGUGUUUAGAAUCAAUAAAUCCAGCGUAAUUAUCCAUUUACAUUUCAAAUAUCCUGAGGCAUAGACAAUGUAUCAGUUCUAUAUCUAUGGUGAGAGGUAUGCUGUCUGUCCUUGUGACACUAUCAGGGGCCGUUUCUGAACCUCUUGGUCUGUAGACCCACACGUCCCUGGGAUGUUGCUGACUGGUCCCUCAGGUUUUUAACUGACACUGAUUUAGUCACUUCUCUUAGCCUAGUUUUGAGGCCUACGUGGUCCUUGCUGGUCACUUGCCGGUCCUCACUGUUUAAGUGCUCAAGCCUGAUUGAGUUAAAUCCUCCACACAGGGACAGGACUUGAAUGGUCUUGAACAGAGGGUCAGUGACAUCCACUCUUAUAAACCCAUUAUUACAUUUACAUUUUAGUCAUUUAGCAGACGCUCUUAACCAGAGCGACUUACAGGAGCAAUUAGGGUUAAGUGCCUUGCUCAAGGGCACAUUAACGUCAUUUAGCAGACGCUCUUAGCCAGAGCGACUCACAAAUUGGUGCGUUCACCCUAUAGCCAGUGGGAUAACCACUUUACAAUUUGGGGGGGGGGGGGGGUUAGAAGGAAUACUUUAUCCUAUCCCAGGUAUUCCUUAAAGAGGUGGGGUUUCAAAUGUCUCCGGAAGGUGGUGAGUGACUCCGCUGUCCUGGCGUCGUGAGGAAGCUUGUUCCACCAUUGGGGUGCCAGAGCAGCGAACAGUUUUGACUGGGCUGAGCGGGAGCUGUGCUUCCGCAGAGGAAGGGGAGCCAGCAGGCCAGAGGUGGAUGAACGCAAUGUCCUCGUUUGGGUGUAGGGACUGAUCAGAGCCUGAAGGUACAGAGGUGCCGUUCCCCUCACUGCUCCAUAGGCAAGCACCAUGGUCUUGUAGCGGAUGCGAGCUUCAACUGGAAGCCAGUGGAGUGUGCGGAGGAGGGGGGUGACGUGAGAGAACUUGGGAAGGUUGAACAUUAUAGUAUGACCAUACCAUCUUUGUGCCAAGUCACCCAUUAUUUCAUUAUCCUCAUGCAAAGCAUUGAAGGAAUCUGGCUUUCCUUGCUAACAGGCGAGGGGAACUAAUUUAUCUCUUGUGAAACAGUCUCUUGAGGUAGAUCAUGCAGACCACCACAGGAACAUGGAUAUACAUGCAGGUUGACGUUUGUCAUGAGUCAUGUCCAGGAUGCAGAACUGAGUGAUUUCCCCUUAGAUAGACCAGCUGCAAAGUCAAAAUUGGUCUAUAUUGUAAAAAUACAUGAAAACAAAGAUGAGCUUUUUGGUCUUAAUUUAAGGUUAGGGUUAGCAGUGUGGUUAAGGUUAGGUUUAAAAUAAGAUUUUAUGACUUUGUAGCUGUGCCAGCUAUUGCCAGAAGAUGCCGACAGUUAUGAUAGUUAUUCUAUUGUCAUGACGGUCUUCAUCCAUAACUGUCGGUUACACGGUUAUAAGGUAAUUGUGCCAGCCCUAACACACACACACACACACACACACACACACACACACACACACACACACACACACACACACACACACACACACACACACACACACACACACACAGCCAUGGAACUUACCCAGGACAGAAGAUCUGCCACUUUCCCCAUAGUUCCCAAAAUAGUCCCUCUCACACUGACACUCUCCUCCCUGGCUCAGGCAGCUGCCACGUCUGGCCUCCAUCUUGUUGUGCCUUGUCAUCCUGGUGACACAGCUCUCUCUCUCUCUCUGUGUGAAGCAACAGGUUAUUGGCUCUUCAUAUUGGCCCUCUGAGGGUCUCCGUCUGUCUGCCUGUUCAUCGUGUUUUGAUGACAGGAACUGAGGAGGAAAACUGCUGUAGGGUUACAGAAAGAUUUGAUUAGUCUGUGUCGUCAUCCCAGUCGGCCCUGUCAUAAACAAAAUAUCUGAUGUAAAAUAUCUUUACAUUUCUAGCACAGAAGUGUGUGAUAAUGACAACUUUUUCCUUGUUGUAGUAUUUUCUCCAUGAAUUUUUAUAUUCCAAAGCGCUUUGGAAGAACUUGCUAUUUGAACUAGCCUGUUUGUCAAUGUCCCCUGUGUCUGGAUGGCUGACUGGCUGGUUGAUUGACUGACUGGCUGAUUGACUGCCUGUCUGGAUGGCUGACUGACUGGCACAGGGGAAAGAGCAUGAAAAACAUGACAAAAUACACAUUUGUCCCUGUUUUCUUCCUGUAGGAGUAGAUUUUAAGAUCAAGACGGUGGAGCUGAGAGGGAAGAAGAUCAGGUUGCAGAUCUGGUGAGUCAACAGGAAACAGGAAGUCAUCAUCAGCCACCACCUCACACAGACUGAAAUGUACUGUACUGUAGUGCAGUUUCCCAAACUCUGUCCUGUUUAUUUCUCUCAAAUGUUGUGUACAGAUUUGUUUACAUCCCUGUUAGUGAACAUUUCUCCUUUGCCAAGAUAAUCCAUCCUCCUGACAGGUGUGGCAUAUCAAGAAGCUGAUUAAACAGCAUGAUCAUUACACAGGUGCACAAUAGAAGACCACUCUAAAAUGUGCAGUUUUGUCAAACCGCACAAUGCCACAGAUGUCUCAAGUUUUGAGGGAGCGUGCAAUUGGCAUGUUAACUGCAGGAAUGUCCACCAGAGCUGUUGCCAGAGAAUUUAAUGUUUAAUUUCUCUACUGUAAGGCCACUCCAACGUCGCUUUAGAGAAUUUGUCAGUACGUCCAACCGGCCUCACAACCGCAGACCACAUGUAUGGCGUCGUGUGGGCGAGCGGUCUGUUGAUGUCAAACGUUGUGAACAGAGUGCCCCAUGGUGGCGGUGGGGUUAUGGUAUGGGCAGGCAUAAGUUACGGACAACGAACACAGCAGCAUUUUAUCGAUGGCAAUUUGAAUUUACAGAGAUACCGUGACGAGAUCCUGAGGCCCAUAUUUUUAUUAAAGGUAUCUGUGACCAGCAGAUGCAUAUCUGUAUUCCCAGUCAUGUGAAAUCCAUAGAUUAGGGCCUAAUGCAUUUAUUUCAAUUGACUGAUUUCCUUUUAUAAACUGUAACUCAGUAAAAUCUUUAGAAAUUGUUGCACGUUGUGUUAUAUAUUUUUGUUCAGUACAUUAUGUUUUAGUCAAAUAUUAUAUCUGUUUUCCAAGUCUACAAAUGAUUUGUUAUUAUGAUCCUGCCUCCUAACCAUCCGCUCACGAAGAAAUUGGCCCGUGGCUGAAAUCUAGUUGAUGAUCCCUGACAUACAACAUGAACUGACACUUCAGGCUACAGUAAUGGACCGUACCGUGUUGUUCAGCUAUCUUCUGCUGCACGGAAUAGCUGACCGUUUCAUGUUACAGCUGCACGGAAUAGCUGACCGUUUCAUGUUACAGCUGCACAGAAUAGCUGACCGUUUCAUGUUACAGCUGCAUGACACCGCAGAGACUGUAGCUACACAUCCUGAUGUUGGCAUUUAGUGUGUGACUGUGCUGCCUAACCUCUGUCUGUCUGUCAGUCAGCCCUAACCUCUCUGUCUGUCAGUCAGCCCUAACCUCUCUGUCUGUCAGUCAGCCCUAACCUCUCUCUCUGUCUGUCAGUCAGCCCUAACCUCUCCAUGGGAGGCUCCAUCUAACCCUGCUCUGCCACUUCUCUACUGCUGCUUAUACCCUGACUGGCAGACUGACGGACUGGCGGACUGACAGACGGACUGGCGGACAGACUGACGGACUGGCGGACGGACUGACGGACUGACGGACUGGCGGACGGACUGGCGGACUGGCGGACUGACUGGCGGACUGACUGGCGGACUGACUGGCGGACUGACUGGCGGACUGGCGGACUGACUGGCGGACGGACUGACGGACUGGCGGACGGACUGGCGGACUGGCGGACGGACUGGCGGACUGACUGGCGGACUGACUGGCGGACUGACUGGCGGACUGACGGACUGGCGGACUGACUGGCGUACUGACUGGCGGACUGACUUCCAAUGUUUACCUCUGCGCCAUAGUUUGCUGGAUUUGUAUAUGGAAAUCAAUUCACAUGAAGUUCGGCAAUUUCUACAUUUGUUUUUAGCUUUAACUAGAGCCUUGUUUUCCCUGGUCUUGUCAGGUGACUUGGUCUGGUAAACCUCAUGGCCCUAAAUCAUAGGACUGGUGUAACUCAUAGAUCCAGUCUGAUAUGUGAUGUGUCCUGUACCUCCAGGGAUACAGCUGGUCAGGAGAGAUUCAACAGUAUAACUUCAGCCUACUACCGUGGGGCCAAGGGAAUAGUACUGGUCUAUGAUAUCACCAAGCAGGAAACCUUCGACGACCUUCCCAAAUGGAUGAAGAUGAUCGACAAGGUAAAGGGUUAUUAUCGCUAUAUUACUUUUUUUUUGUUCCAUUGUAUCCAAACUUACAUUGCAGUUGUCCAUAAAUAGGGACCUGAGUUUUUCCUGAUCAGGUCAAUUUAUUAUGAAAAACUCAGGGCCCUAUACAUCAUAAGUGAUUUCACUGAUAAGGGAAUGCAUGAUUAUGCAGUACUAGGCAUAAAGGACCAGCACUGAGCACCACUGGGAUGGGCCACAUACCUCUUAUCUCCUCUUAUCUCCUCUGUUACUACAGUACACACCUCUUAUCUCCUCUGUUACUACAGGACACACCUCUUAUCUCCUCUGUUACUACAGUACACACCUCUUAUCUCCUCUGUUACUACAGUACACACCUCUUAUCUCCUCAUCUCUCUCCUCUCUGUCAUUGGCCAGUAUGCUUCAGAAGAGGCAGAGCUGCUGUUGGUGGGGAACAAGCUGGACUGUGAGACAGACCGCAUCAUCACUAAACAGACUGCAGAGAGGGUGAGUUACAUUCCUCUGAAGGCCUUGGUCGUUAAUGAAAAACCUUCUCUGAGAAGAACAUCUCCAAAUUCUAGCUGCUUUAGUAGGAGAGGUUAGGCAGGGCUUUCUAUACUGAUAAUCUUUCCUGAUGGAUUAUUUUAUGGAUUAUUGUGUAGAGCAUCACAGUACUAUACAUGAUUCAAACCCCAGGAAAAUAAUAUUAGUUGACCCAUAAUUCUAUGAUUUAAUUGAUUGAUUUGAUCGAUCGAUUGACUUGGUAUCAUCACGUCUCGGUUCCAUCCACAGUUUACAUCGAGGAUAUCUGGGAUGCGUUUCUGCGAGGCUAGUGCCAAGGACAACUUUAACGUGGAGGAGUGCUUUCUAAAACUAGUGGACGACAUUCUAGCAAAGGUGAGUAGGUAUCCUCACUGUGCUCGAACUAAAGGCUGCUUAUUCUGUUGACCUGUGACCUACACUGAGUGUACCAAACAUUAAGAACACCUUCCUAAUAUUGAGUUGCACCCCCUUUUGCCCUCAGAACAGCCUCAAUUCGUCGGGGCAUGGACUACAAGGUGUCGAAAGCGUUCCACAGGGAUGCUGACCCAUGUUGACUCCAAUGCUUCCCACAGUUGUGUCAAGUUGGCUGGAUAUCCUUUGGGUGGUGGACCAUUCUUGAUACACACCGGAAACUGUUGAGCGAGGAAAAACCCAGCAGUGUUGCAGAUCUUAACACAAACCGGUGCGCCUGGCACCUACUACCGUACCCCGUUCAAAGGCACUUAAAUCUGUUGUCUCAAUUGUCUCAAAGCUUAAACCUCCUUCUUUAACCUGUCUCUUCCCCUUCAUCUACACUGAUCUGAAGUGGAUUAAACAAGUGACAUCAAUAAGGGAUCAUAGCUUUCACCUGGUCAGUCUAUGUCAUGGAAAGAGCAGGUGUUCUUAAUGUUUUGUACACUCAAUGUAAAGAUACAGUGCCUUCAGAAAGUAUUCACACCCCUUGACUUUUUGCACAUUUUGUUACAUCCUGGAUUUAAAAUGAGAUUUUGUGUCACUGAUCUACACACACACCAUAAUGUCAAAGUGGAUUUUUUUGUUGUUGAAAUUAAUUAAAAAUAUAAAGCUGAAAUGUCUUGAGUCAAUAAGUAUUCAACCCCUUUGACAUGGCAAGCCUAAAUAUGUACAGGAGUCCAAAUUUGCUUAACAAGUCACAUAAUAAGUUGCAUGAACUCACUCUAUGUGCAAUAAUAGUGGUUAACCUGAUUUAUUUAAUGACUACCUCAUCUCUGUACCAUGAAGCCAAUGGUGACCUUAAAACAGUUGGAGUUCAAAGGCUGUGAUAGGAGAAAACUGAGGAUGGAUCAACAACAUUGUAGUUACUCCACAAUACUAACCUAAAUGCUGUAAUCGCUGCCAAAGGUGCUUCUACAAAGUAUUGACUCAGGGGUAUGAAUACUUAUGUACUUGAUAUAUUUCUGAAUUAAUUUUUAAUAAAUUUGUUAACAUUUCUAAAAACCUGUUUCCACUUUGUCAGUAGAUGGGUGAGAAAAAAAAUCUGUUUAAUCAAUUUUGAAUUCCGGCUGGAACAACAGAAUGUGGAAUAAGUCAAGGGGUCUGAAUACUUUCUGUAGGCACUCUAUAUAUAGUAUUUUAAUAGUAAUUACAGUGAGGGAAAAAAGUAUUUGAUCCCCUGCUGAUUUUGUACGUUUGCCCACUGACAAAGACAUGAUCAGUCUAUCAUUUUAAUGGUAGGUUUAUUUGAACAGUGAGAGACAGAAUAACAACAAAGAAAUCCAGAAAAACGCAUGUCAAAAAUGCUAUAAAUUGAUUUGCAUUUUAAUGAGGGAAAUACGUAUUUGACCCCCUCUCAAUCAGAAAGAUUACUGGCUCCCAGGUGUCUUUUAUACAGGUAACGAGCUGAGAUUAGGAGCACACUCUUAAAGGGAGUGCUCCUAAUCUCAGUUUGUUACCUGUAUAAAAGACACCUGUCCACAGAAGCAAUCAAUCAAUCAGAUUCCAAACUCUCCACCAUGGCCAAGACCAAUGUGCUCUCCAAGGAUGUCAGGGACAAGAUUGUAGACUUACACAAGGCUGGAAUGGGCUACAAGACCAUCGCCAAGCAGCUUGGUGAGAAGGUGACAACAGUUGGUGCGAUUAUUCGCAAAUGGAAGAAACACAAAAUAACUGUCAAUCUCCCUCGGCCUGGGGCUCCAUGCAAGAUCUCACCUCGUGGAGUUGCAAUGAUCAUGGGAACGGUGAGGAAUCAGCCCAGAACUACACGGGAGGAUCUUGUCAAUGAUCUCAAGGCAGCUGGGACCAUAGUCACCAAGAAAACAAUUGGUAACACACUACGCCGUGAAGGACUGAAAUCCUGCAGCGCCCGGAAGGUCCCCCUGCUCAAGAAAGCACAUAUACAUGCCCGUCUGAAGUUCGCCAAUGAACAUCUGAAUGAUUCAGAGGAGAACUGGGUGAAAGUGUUGUGGUCAGAUGAAACCAAAAUCGAGCUGUUUGGCAUCAACUCAACUCGCCGUGUUUGGAGGAGGAGGAAUGCUGCCUAUGACCCCAAGAACACCAUCCCCACCGUCAAACAUGGAGGUGGAAACAUUAUGCUUUGGGGGUGUUUUUCUGCUAAGGGGACAGGACAACUUCACUGCAUCAAAGGGACGAUGGACGGGGCCAUGUACAGUCAAAUCUUGAGUGAGAACCUCCCUCCCUCAGCCAGGGCAUUGAAAAUGGGUCGUGGAUGGGUAUUCCAGCAUGACAAUGACCCAAAACACACGGCCAAGGCAACAAAGGAGUGGCUCAAGAAGAAGCACAUUAAGGAACGUCUGACCUCUGUGAUUGCCAACAAGGGUUUUGCCACCAAGUACUAAGUCAUGUUUAGUACUAAGUCAUUAAAAUGCAAAUCAAUUUAUAACAUUUUUGACAUGCGUUUUUCUGGAUUUUGUUGUUGUUAUUCUGUCUCUCACUGUUCAAAUAAACCUACCAUUAAAAUUAUAGACUGAUCAUGUCUUUGUCAGUGGGCAAAUGUACAAAAUCAGCAGGGGAUCAAAUACUUUUUUCCCCUCACUGUAUAAACUGGGUGGUUCGAGCCCUGAAUGCUGAUUGGCUGACAGCCGUGGUAUAUCAGACCACAUACCACGGGUAUGACAAAACAUUUAUUUUUACUGCUCUAAUUACGUUGGUAACCAGGUUAUAAUAGCAAUAAGGCACCUUGGUGGUUUGUGGUAUAUGGCCAAUAUACCAUGGCUAAGGGCUGUAUCCAGACACUCCGCGUUGCGUCGUGGUUAAGAACAGCCCUUAGCAAUGGUAUAUUGGUCAUAUACCACACCCCCUCGGGCCUUAUUGCUUAAUUUUACCCUUCUAAUACUGGUAAGUAAUUUGUAUAUUCCACACCACCUGAGGUACUAAACAUUCACUCAUUAUGAUUUGACUGUUAACUUCCUGUUCUGUCUUCUGGUCACCAGAUGCCUCUGGAGAUUCCCAACAGGGAGCUCUCCAACAGCAUCCUGUCUCUGCAGCCUGAACCAGAAGUGCCUCCGGAGCUCAACCCGCCACGCAUGCACUGUUGCUGAGAUAACCCUCCACUAUAUCUCUCCUCUCAACCCUCCACUAUAUCUCUCCUCUCAACCCUCCACUAUAUCUCUCCUCUCAACACCCACCCCCACUACAACCCCCCCC